AAAUGUGUGUUGGGGCAAGGCUGGUAUGUCGUACAAAGCUAGAAAGCAGGUGUUGGAAAAGAGAUAAAGAUCCCAGCACAAAAUUUUUUGACGGUUGAAGUUUCUUGGAUGCUUGCUGUGCUUUCCACUUAGACACCCACCAGUCGCCUAUAAUUUGGAAUCACACCCUUCCUCCUUCACUUCAAUCUUCAAAGCUCAAUAAGCUCUAAAUCAAAGCCAAUUCUUUCUUUGUGUUUUGGUCUUCAGUGUUUGGAACUUAUUUUAGGGUUUUCAUAUUGCCUGAAAAACUUGGUUAGUUUUUUUGGAAAGUUUAUUCUGUGUUUGAUAACAAUGGCAGGCAGGAGUGCAUUUGCAUUUUCAGAGAUCGUGCUGGUUUUUUGCUUGAUGGGCAUUUCAGCUUUGGCUCAGUCUCCGUUCCCAGCUCCUGCAAUGGCUCCAGUAGCAAUGACAACUCCCACAUCCAGUCCAGCAACACCCACAACUCCUACAGCUAGUCCAGUAGCAUCCCCCAAAACCGCCACAGCCAGCCCAAUGGCAUCCCCACCUAGCCCACUUGUUGCUACACCCACAAUGACCCCCACAGCACCAACCCCUUCAUCUGGAUCUCCUGCAUCCUCUGUUCCUGCACCUUCAGUAACGUCUACCAUGAGCCCCCCAAUUAUCCCCGCUAUUGUUGGAGGAACACCCGCCAUGGCCCCUGCUCCUACUGGUGGUGAAAGCUCUGCAUGGGCUGUGAAGGCAGGGAAAAUGAGCUUGGUUGGAGCUAUGUUGCUGCCCUUGCUGCUGUAAAUGGUGAUGCCUUCUCCAGCUGUACAGUACUGGAAUGGUUCUGGAGUUAUGGCUUGCUGCCUGGCAUUUACAUUUUUAUUUAAAUUCUUUAACUCCACAUUGUAGGGGCGGCAUGGAGUAUGUCGAAUUCAUUUGGGUUUUAUUAGUUGUAGAAUAAUUGCUUACUAUGUAUUGUUGUAGAGGCUAUCAUGGUGACAUCUGAUGGUAUUCAUUGAACAUUCGUAUGGUUGCCUCUACUGUGCUUUGCUUUCUGAUUCAGUAUUUAUUAUAAUAUUAUAAUAUAUGUACUCUUGUCCCA